AUGUCAAGCUCAAGCACAGCUGGUCAGGUUAUUGGUUGUAGAGCUGCGGUAGCAUGGGAAGCAGGAGAGCCACUGGUGAUAGAAGAAGUGGAGGUGGCACCACCGCAGGCACUGGAAGCAAUGGAAGUUCGUCUCAAGAUCCUUUUUACCUCCCUCUGCCACACUGAUGUUUACUUCUGGGAAGCCAAGGGACAAAUACCGUUGUUUCCUCGCAUCUUUGGACAUGAAGCUGGCGGGAUUGUAGAGAGUGUUGGGGAGGGUGUGACAGAUAUCAAACCUGGUGAUCAUGUGCUUCCUGUUUUCACUGGGGAGUGCGAGGAAUGCCAACAUUGCAAGACAGAGGAGAGUAACAUGUGUGAUCUCCUUAGGAUAAACACUGACCGGGGAAUAAUGCUCAAUGAUGGCAAGACGAGGUUCUCAAUUAAUGGCAAACCCAUUUUUCAUUUUGUCGGCACUUCCACCUUCAGUGAGAUAAACACUGACCGGGGAAAAAUGCUCAAUGAUGGCAAGACGAGGUUCUCAAAUAAUGGCAAACCCAUUUUUCAUUUUGUCGGCACUUCCACCUUCAGUGAGUAUACUGUGGUUCAUGUUGGUUGUGUUGCCAAGAUCAACCCUGCUGCACCACUCGACAAAGUUUGUGUUCUUAGCUGUGGAAUCUCCACGGGUCUUGGUGCUACCUUGAAUGUCGCAAAACCAAAAAAAGGUUCGACAGUAGCCAUCUUUGCAUUGGGAGCUGUUGGCCUUCUUGCUGCUGAAGGGGCUAGAAUUGCUGGUGCUUCAAGAAUCAUUGAGGUGGAUUUGGACUCUAACAGAUUUCAUGAAGCCAAGAAAUUUGGCAUCACUGAGUUCGUGAAUCCAAAAGACCAUGAAAAGCCUGUUCAAGAGGUGAUUGCCGACAUGACUGGUGGGGGUGUUGACCGAAGUGUGGAGUGUACUGGAAGUAUCAAUGCAAUGAUAUCUGCAUUUGAGGAUGGGGUGUUGCUGUACGUAAUUGUCGGCGUGCCAAACAAAGACGAUGCAUUCAAAACCCAUCCAAUGAAUGUUUUGAAUGAAAGGACUCUCAAAGGUACCUUUUUUGGCAACUACAAACCCCGCACUGACCUUCCAGCUGUGGUGGAAAAAUACAUGAGCAAGGAGCUUGAACUGGAGAAAUUCAUCACCCAUGAAGUCCCUUUCUCGGAGAUCAACAAAGCCUUCGAAUACAUGCUAAAAGGAGACGGCCUUCGANUGCCAUUCUCGGUGAUCAACAAAGCCUUCGAAUAUAUGCUAAAAGGAGACGGCCUUCGAUGCAUAAUCCGUAUGGAUGGUUAG